AUGUUUAUUUUAUUUUUAUUAUUAAUUAUAUUAAUAAAUGCUAGAAUUUAUUCUUUAAAAUGUAUGGAUUGUCGAACAUUAGCUAAUGGACAACUUUUAUGUAAUGAUCCAUGUAAAGGGGAUAUUUGUGCUAUCUGGUUUUAUAGAGUAAUGUCUACUGACCAAAUAAGACAAGGAUGUUUAGUUGGACCUGAUUUACGUGGAGAAAGCUCUCCACCUAUGGGUUGUAGAAAAAAUAGAGUUGAUGCUUUUCUUUGUCUUUGCAAUUCAACUGAUUUUUGCAAUGCAAACAACAAUAAAAUUAUUACGGAAUAUUCAGCAAACAAUUCAUUUCAAUUAUCUUCCCCAAACAAUAUUCAAUGUCAAUCACGUACCUCAGCUUCAUUUAUUCGCCAACAAAUUGUUAAACCUCUUCGGAAUUCAUGCAUUUCUGAUUUAUGUUUUUUUAUAGAAUUAAAUAUUACUCGUAAAUCUUUAUUAGAAAGCACAAUUUCACGUAAUUGUGGUUCUGAAGCUCAAUUCAAUUUUCAUUUAUUAUUAGGCAAAGUUUGGCCAGGAACAGGAUUAAGGUCUAAUGCUUGUUAUCGAAUAGAUAUUGGGGAACAAAUAAUUACUGGAUGUACUUGCAACAAAGAAGUUGAUUGA